AUUUUCAACUGCGUUUCCGCAUUUGAGACGAGUACAUAGUAGAUCUAGAAAGUUGUCGUCAGUCUUUUAUUUCGUUAAAAUCUAAUGUUAGGAUCAGAAAAGUGCAGUGCAGUGUUAAACUCUCUGUUGUUCGUUGAUCAUUGAUGACUUGUUAGUAUGAAACUCUAGCAGAAGUUAACGCACUAAUCUGAUUUUAAGAUUGCAUUGAUACAUUAUUAUUAUUUUUUUAUCUGGUAAUAUUCAAUGGCGACGGAGCAAUAAAGACAAGUGGACCAGGAACAAUGGCAGUAACAAGACUGGUGAAGAAACUGGGAGUGGACCAUGUAGCUUUUGCGUAUGCCAUGACCACACUGGGGUCGUGCAUGAUAAAUAAUAUAUUCAGCUUUUACUAUGUGAAACUGUUUCUUAAUAAGUACAAGAUAAACGAAAGAGCUUUUCACCAAUCUCAAGUGGUCUACAUGAUUUGGAAUGCAGUGAAUGAUCCUCUUUUUGGAUAUAUACAAGAUAACUCCAGUGUCCCCUGUUGCUCUAAACGGCGGCUUUCUAUUUUGUACGGUGCUCCUCUGUAUUCCUUAGCUUUUCUUCUGGCCUGGUUCCCAUGGCGCUCGUAUAAUCCUGGUGACUGGAUGAGUGGGGUUCAUCUGAUGGUCGCGCUGUGUGCUUUUGAUGCCCUCCUGACAUUCGUGCUGUUGGCACAGUGUGCGUUGUUUGCUGAAAUUUCAAAUCAUCAUCAGAGUCGCCUUCGUCUUGUCAAAUACAGUCAGGUUGCUUCCCUCAUCGGCUCUUCCAGCAUCCUCCUUUCUGGUGUGGUUUCCAGAAACAUGGAGGACUUUGCUUCAUUCCAGACUUUUACUGUUGUCAUCGCUGUGCUGAGCUGUGGGUGCAUGCUCUACACAGGCUUCUACUGUGACAGUUGCUUUGAUAACAAAGUCACUGAGCCAAAGGACCAAGUGUCACAUAAUAUAAGUAAUUCUAUCAGCCUAAUGCAAAGUCAAAUUUGGCAGAUCCUUACCAAUCGAGAUUUUCAACUUUUUGUGCUCAUGAACUUUUGCCAAGUUUUUAUUUUGGCUUUUUUCAAUAAUUUUACCUUGAUCUUCACUGAGCACUUAAUUCCUCCGGAUGUUUUGCCAACAUUGGCAAAGAGUGUAAUGUACGGAGCAGGAUUUAUCUGUCCACAGUUGUUGGUAUUGUCCUGCCAAAGUCUGCUCCACAGUAUUGGUUACUACAAAAUCAUUCUCAUAACCUUCUAUGUGGAAGCAGGGAUGGGGAUCGCCAUGCUUGUUCUUGGGCCUCAGCACUAUUAUAUACUUGCGCUAUUUCUGACCAUUAACAUGAUAAUAAUUCAAGCAGCAUUCAGUCUCUUUGGUUUGCCUUUGGCUGACAUAAUUGACUCUGACCUUCACAAACACAAGCGCAAUUGUCCGUUGUCCUCAAUGGUAUUUGGGACCAAUGCGCUAUUCACUAAACCUGCACAGUCCUUGGCACCAAUGAUUGUUCUUGCUAUCUUAAACCAGUUUGGAUAUGAGCAGCUCAAAGAAGCAGUCAAGGAAUCAAAUCAAAGUGACCUGGAAAGCCUCCACAAGAUCAUGUUCUAUCUGGUCUGUCUUGUACCACUGACAGUGGCAGUUCUUCAAAUUCUGUUUUUUAAGCCUUUUUCUAUACGUGACAGCCACACAGUUCAGUCAAAGUACAUUGACAGCUAAUUAAGAAGAGGACAAAACAGAGACAACAGGCAUUUAUGUGAACAUAUCUUUAUACAGUGCAACCCUAACAUCACAUCACAACUAUUUUCAAUACAUUCCAAACAGUUUGUAAAAGUUUCAUAAUAAGCCAAGUUGUGCUUGGCAUUUCCGUGGUUUGUAAUGGACCUCUCACUUCUGGAAACCUUCCACCAGCUCACUCGUUUGGUGAACCAUGAGUGCGUCUUAAACGUUUUGAUAAAUAUCAUCAUUUGUACUGUUUGACUCUGCACUUGCAUACUGAAAUAAAAACAACGAGGAGCAAAGUUUCCUAUGAUUUUUGAUAUUUGCUUUUAUGUUUUCUGCAAGGAACAUUUCACCACAAAUUUGUGCAAGUCUGUGUUUACCUGAUUAUGCAGUGUCUUUGUUGUUGCAAUCUGUGUAUUUUUCAAACCUCUUCUCUUGUAUAGCUCUUGCAACACAUCAUGAAAAUGAACUGGUUCAGUCACUGUCGUCUGAGAGAAACAAAAAUACUGUGAAUCAAUAUGUUAUUAUUAUUAUUUUUUCCCCAAAUGGUACUGUUAAAGAUGAUCGUGUCGCUUUCGGGACUCUAAUCCCCUUUGAAAGCCCCCCAUGGACAGGUGUUGGAAAUUAGCACUUGUGCUAAAAACACUUAAAACAAUCUGGUCUAAUCCAGUGCUAUGUACUAUGUCCAUAUUAAAUUAAUCAGUAAAUAAAUAAAAAAUAUAA